AUGGCCUUAGAUGUAUCAGAAGAGAUGCUAGAAGCUCAUGCUAGACAUUGGCGUAGUUGUGUACACCCUCACGUCUCCAGAAUAUGCGGAAUAGCAGAUCGUGCCUUGGAUCCUCUUUCUAUGAUCCUGGAAACAUUCAUCACUACCUGGCUCAAACCCACAGUCGAAUCGCCAACAAAUAGCAUGUUCAUCAUUUCCGUUACGAUAAUUACUUGCACAAGGCGAAACGGUCUGAUACAUGGAAACCUUCACCCCGCGAAUAUCUUUAUAACAAAUGACGAUCACGUCAAUAUCUCCGAGUAUAGCAUGUUCGUGUUUCAACAUACUUCUAGGUAUCCCCAAGCCUACCAAUAUUUAAGCCCCGAAUCCUUGAAAGGAGCUGAUAUUACACGCCAUGCAGCAACUACCUCUCUUUCACCGGUAUAUCCUUCUCGUUUUUCCGUGGCCUCUGGCUGUGGUGGGCCUCCUGCUUACGAACUCGAAGAGGCACAGACCCCAAUGUCUGCUCCACCUACGCUCCAACAGUUUUCCUUCCACAGAGUGGGAUCUACCUCUAGCAGCCAGGAAAUUCCGCCUGCUGCGCAUUAUUAUAGUUGGUAUUCGUCGACAGCGGGUAGCCGAGUCGGUGAUGAAACUGGUGGCCCAUCUCAACCUAGUCCACCUAAUACUGCACCAGCAGCAGUCCAACCGUUUCCGGCCAAUGUAGGGCCUCCCAGUCCUCUGAUACACUCACCGUCCAGCUACAGCUGGUGUUCUUCCUUGGUCCCCGGUACGGAACGAUCUUCAGGAAGUUCUUCCUCAAGCCGCUCAGUCGACACUCCUAUUACUUCUCCCGAAUCUUCGCCAUCUGCAUGCAGAUCUCGAAAGGGAGGUUCUACCAAACGCAGUGGUUCGACUUCCAGUUUUUCCAACAUGACCACUAUAGGUGAAGCUCUCCCUCGAGUCGACUCACAAGGGCCUCGAGAUUCGUACACUCGGCGGUGGGAAUUACAGCCCUUUCCGUAA